AUGGGAAGUUUGCCUACUUAUCCUGCUGCAAUGUUUCUUGGUGAUAGUGAUGGAGAGGGGAUGAGUCUUGUAAUGUAUUUCAAAGUUUCUGAGAAUUUUGAUAAAGACAUCCCUCCUCAAUUCCAGGACAGUAUCAUGAAAACGGUUGACAAUGAGACAGAAAAAGUUAAAGGAUUUGCAAGGGACUCCACUGUACCUUUUAGAGAAAGACUAAAGAUCUUGGCUGGGGUGGUAAAUCCUGAGGAUAUCGGUCGGAGUUCUGCUGAGAAGAAGCUUGUACAUGAAUAUAAUGAAAAACCAAUUCUUUCUUGCCCCCAGCACAAUUUUUACAAGGGUCCUAACUACUUUGAGAUUGAUCUGGACAUUCAUCACUUCAACUACAUAUCAAGGAAGGGUCCCGAAUUGUUUUAUGAACGUCUUAAAAAACGGAAUAGCCGAGCAGCGAUCGUCUAA